CCCGUUUCCCAAACCUCUUUUGUUAUCCCCAUCUCAGCUUUAACCAACAUCCAUCGCCAACCACUAAUCACUCCAUCAACAGCAAUUACGACAGCGACUAGAGAGGGCAUCAACAACAGAUCUUGUCUUCUCUUUUCUUUUCCUUUGUCGUUAUUUCCUUUGUCUUAUUUCCUUGAGUCUUGGAUUUCUUUGCGUCUUGUUUUCCAUUUCACGUCUUUUUUUAUACAAUGUCGACUCCAUCUGCCAUGAACAACAACAACAACAGCCGAGCCCAACAGAUCUCAUAUGCCGAUCUCAUGAAGCCCGAUGAGGACUGGCGUGUCCUUCCAGAUGCUGCUGAACGCCGGAGGAUCCAGAACAGGCUUGCACAACGUGCCUACAGGCGCAACAUGCGUGACCGCACCAAAGAGCUCGAAAAGCUCAAGAAGGAACUAGCAACUCUGAAGAAGGACCCUGUCAGCCAGGGCUCUCCCCGCAUGUCUCCCCCGCAGCAGCCCGUGGCCACUAUGGUGUCGGCUCCCAGCGAUGACUUCAUCUUUGACGGCACUAUGUCUUCGGACAUGGGAAUGGCUUCCGCCUGGACCGAGCCCUUCCCCUCGACCCAGUUUGAGGCUUCCAUGAACAUGGACUCGUACUUCCCCCAAGUCCCCGAGAUGGCCCGUCCAGGAUCCAAGCGCCGACGGACUAGCACCUCGGAGGCCCACAUGCCUACUCGCCCCAGCUCAGGCAGUCUUUCGGUCGGAGCCAUCCACGGCCACCAGCGCUCGCGCUCGCACACGCCCAUCUCCUCCCCGCCCAUGGUCAACGCGGCCUUGAUGCAGGACGGUCUUGCAACUCCCCCCAUGGCCGAGUUCUUUCCCUCGCCUUGCAACUUCGACCUCGGUUCUGACAUGACCAACCAAGUGAGCCUUGCUCAGACUGACGAAAUUCAGCCCUUCACAUUGGAUGGCUUCACCAGUGACUGCAACGGUGACAACAGCACCGCUGCAAGCAGCUCUCUCGAUCAGGGUCUCUGGACGCCGCCCAUGACCGGCAGCCUGUACGGCUCCUUCCUCACGCCUCCGACCCAGCACCAGGAUGGCGCCUCGAGCCCUCCUAACUGCUGGCAGAACAGCACGCCUUCGACUGUCAGGAGUGAGAACAUGGGUCGCUCCCGCAGCUGCUCCUCGGCCAGCAAUGCCUCGCCUUUCUCGGCCGCUACCAGCCAGUUCUCUUCUCCUGCGCUCAGUGCCACCGCAAAGGCCGUACAGCCCACUGGCUUGAACCUCAACAUGGUUGACACCAGCCGCGACAACAUGUCCAUGCUCUCAACGAUUGACGGCAACAUGAUCACCACUCCCAUCACGAACCAGAGCCAGUCCAGCCUGUUGCAUCUCGCCGUUUCGGGUGGUCAUCUCUCGGUCCUCAAGCUGCUCCUGCAGAGCUGCGAGAUUCCCAUCAACACUCGUGACGCCAAGGGUUACACGGCCCUCCAGCGCGCUGUGUUUGCCGGCAAGAUGGAGAUGGUUACCCUUCUUCUCGAACACGGUGCCGACUUCAGCGCCGGCCGCCAGGACGACGGUGCCGAGGCUGCUGCCGAGCACGCUGCAGUCGCAUAAGCUGGUUGUUUCUGAGGCGAGGGCUAUCUGUUUUCUGCAAUGUGAAAGAUGCUGGGGAGAUGAGUUGUGUAUGGCCAAGACGAGAAGAGCCCCAGUCACUCAUCAACCAUGUCGUGGUUCUGGGCUCGCGGGUUGUAACGAUGGCGGGGAGCUUGCUUUCCGAUAUGUCUCUUCGAUUCUAAAAUAUCAAUUUUACCUCGAACGAAUUUAUUCUGCCUUUUCUCACAAAAGAUAAAAAAGCACGUCCGUCACCACCGACCUUUUCUUUUGUUCAGCAUUGCGAACGGAGCAAAUUGGGCGUUUCGUUUUGAUUUUCUUGUUUCCUGGGUUUUCAUUUUCAAGCAUAGCAUAGCAUUGCGGGUCCUGGGUUCCUGUUCUUCUUGUUUUCUCUUCUCUACUUUCACUUUGGAGUCUGUUGGGUUGCAAACUUUGGGUUUAUUUGCACCUUGCAUUUUGAUUGAUUUUUCUUCUUCUUUCCUGUCUGUUUUCGUCAUUUUUUUUCUUCUACUUCUCGCGUAUACCAUAGCAUAGCAAACCGGAGAAUAUGGGUAAAGGAUGUAAAUGCAAUUUUUG